CCAUUGCAUUAGUUUGCCAUGUUUUUGAGGACGCCGCUGACAGUCGGAGGUCUAAUUGGAGGGAGUCAUCUAGGCCCCCAAAUCACUGUAAUUUAGCUAGUCACCAAAUGAGGUGGAAGAUGUCUGUGGCUGCGCUUCGAAUGAUCCGCUGUCGGCGACUGAGCACCACUGGCCCGAGUAUGAAGAAAGUCUUGCCCUGGAGGGACAUAAGGAAAAUUGCUAAAGUCACCUGUGCUGUUGUGUUGGGGGGCUGUGUGUUCAUCACAUAUGAGGUGGUGACCUUGAACAGAGCUGUGACCAUUGAUACUCAGGCCAUUCUGCAGGAGAAACGGAAGUCCUACAUAUACCUGCGCCCCACACCUACAAAGGAGCAGGACAAGAUAAGCACGGGGAUCACAAACAAAGCCAGGAGAGAACUUCACAAAGCAGUUCGUACAUUUCUGGAACUCUCCUCAAGGAUUCUUCUUCGACCACUCGAUGUUUUCCAAUUGAAAGCAGCCCGACUGAACGGUCCAGAACACUUGAGUCGUGUGGAUGCAGAUCCCCAUGAGGUGGCACUGUGGGUUCUGUUGAAAAGGACGCGGUCCAACACCAGGUCUGUCAGACUGCAGGCAGUUCAGGACCUGGCAGGCAACCACCACUGGCAUGACUACCAGUUCCAGACCGCGGCCCAGGUGGUAGACCAGCGGACGGUGGUGGGGCUGGCACGCACCCAUCAGGUGGACCGGCGCUUCUUCCUCUCCCCACCUCUUCUGCCCGAGGUCCAGGAUGGGUUUUCUGUGGAGGAUGGCCUCAGGCAGCUGCUGGCGUCUCUGCCCCAGUCGGAGGUGGACGUGUGUGUCCAGUACUUCACCUCACUCGCCCUGCGGGAGAGCAGCCAGUCGCUGGCGACACAGAGGGGUGGUCUGUGGUGUUUCGGGGGGAACGGCCUCCCCUAUGCUCAGAGCCUCACUUCUGUCCCCUCUGAGAAGGUGGAGUCCUUCUGUCUACAGGCUCUGGUUCAACACUCCAAGGUACAGAGUCACUGUGACCACAUUGUGGCCAACGGGGGUCUGCAACUCCUCCAGAGGGUCUACCAGCUUCGCAAAGACUCCCAGAAGCUCCAGAGAAACAUCAUACGCAUCAUUGGUAACUUGGCGCUUAACGACAGUGCCCACCAGGCCAUCAUACAGUCAGGUUGGGUGCCUGUCCUAGCAGAGCUGAUGCAGUCCACACACAUCAUGCAGGCUUCCCAUGCAGCCCGCGCCCUGGCAAACCUCGACAGAGACACGGUGAAGGAGAGGUACCAGGAUGGGGUUUAUGUUCUCCACCCACAGUGUCGCACCAGCCAGCCAAUCAAAGCAGACGUGUUAUUCGUCCAUGGGCUCCUGGGGGCGGCCUUUAAGACAUGGCGGCAGAAGGACUGUGAUGUGACUGAGGAGGAGAAGGCGUUCAAGGAGGACUACACAGAGUGCUGGCCCAAGUCGUGGUUGGCUGAAGACUGCCCUAACUUGAGGGUUCUGUCGGUAGAGUACGACUCUCACUUGAGCGACUGGAGGUCCAAGUGUCCUGCUGAAAACCAAAGGAAGUCUCUGGCCUAUAGGAGCAGAGAGCUGCUUAAGAAGCUCAAGUCGGCUGGGGUAGGAGAGAGGCCUGUGGUCUGGGUGGCGCACAGCAUGGGAGGCCUGCUGGUAAAGAAGAUGCUACUGGACGCCGCCAACGACCCGGACCUCCAAGACCUGAUGAAGAACACCAAGGGCAUCAUGUUCUACAGUGUUCCUCACCACGGAACCUUCAUGGCUGAGUACUCGGUCAACGUCCGAUACCUCCUCUUCCCCUCUGUAGAGGUUAAAGAGCUCUGCAGAGACUCCCCGGCAUUGCGCGACCUCAAUGAGAACUUCCUGGACAUAGCCAAGGACAGGGACAUCAAGGUGCUGAGUUUUGCCGAGACUCUGCCCACCACCAUUGGACCCAUGAUCAAGAUACAGGUGGUGCCCCCACAGUCAGCAGACCUGGGGAUCGGGGAUCUCAUCCAGGUAGAUGUGGAUCAUCUCAACAUCUGCAAGCCUGAGAAGAAAGACUCUUUCCUCUACAAGCGCAGCCUCCAGUUCAUCCAGGAUGCGUUGCAGGGCUACGUCAGCUGAUGAACACUGAUGGGGUCCAGACACUUGAAUAAGAGGUGGGGGUAUGUUAGGGUAAGGCACCACCCCUGCCCAACCUACCUGCCAAGCUUAAGAAAACCUAACUGCCUCUCUUUUUGACUAAUAGUAGAAACAUUUUGAUCAUGGUGCUCAUAUUUUUGGUGUAAAUGUGGUGACUUGAGAAAUGGCUGGGUUUAUGUUGGAUAAAUCCAAGGUGCUCCAAAUGUUUUCCAUCAAAAGUCACCCUCAGAAAUAGAAUACAUGAACCACUAAUAGAUCAUGUUUUAGGAGAUUGUUUUUAAACAUCAUCUUGACCAUGUUUACAAGUAGUAAUUGAGUGGAUGAGUCCAUUUUGGUCUUUUAUCUUAAUCAUGUAGAGAUUUUAAUACUUCAUACCCUCUGCACAUGCUGUUUUAAGUAUAGACCGCACUGAAUUUCCAUGCCAAGUCAAUACUUGAAUUGCAAAGUAUGAAUUUAAUUUGUCUAUUUUUAAUUUAUCUUAUAUGUAUUAUAGAUAUCAGAAUAACCUUGUUAAGUGCCAUGAUGUAUGUCCUCUCAAGCCUUACCUCAGCAACUAAAAUGUAUUAUGUCAGGUUGAUAAAAAAAAAAAAAACUAGAAUCUGACACUUGCUUAUCAGCUCCAUUGUUUUUCUCUGUUAACAAGAAACAUGUUGUGCAAAGCAUUACCAUCAAUAUCCCUGUCAAAUAAACGGGCUCUGCAAUAUUAUAUUAUAA